UCUGCUUUUAAAAAAAGGUAAACGGAACAAAGACAACCGGAAUCUUCCAGCCUCAACAAACCUGCAACGGCUACGAGCGAAUCACAUCCAAUCCAAGGGUUCUAAAAAGCUCACGUACACCUCAGCCACCUCCCACUCCCUAGAUUUGAAUCUCUAGAGAGAGAGUGUGAUAGUGAGAGUGAGAGUAAUGGCAUCCUCUUCGUCUUCACCGGAGAAGGGAAAGGAAAAGGCAAAUGGAAAAUCCUCUGACGAUGUAGCAAAGCAUAAGGUGAAGAAGGAUGGAUUGGGUUGGAUUGAGUGGUUCAUGGGCUGGUUCUAUCUUGCUUACGAGAUGCUCUUCCAGAGGAUCGUUGCUAGCAAUUUGCAGAAUCCAAUGCCUCUUCCUCCCAUUAACGACCUCACUUUCAUCGUUACUGGCUCUACCUCCGGCAUCGGCAAAGAAAUUGCCAGGCAAUUGGCUGAAGCAGGGGGACAUGUUGUGAUGGCAGUUAGAAACCCAAAGGCGGCUAAUGACCUGAUAAAGAAGUGGCAGGAAGAUUGGUCUGGAAGAGGUCUUCCUCUUAAUAUCGAGGUUAUGGAGCUUGAUCUUCUCUCUCUGGAUUCUGUUGUGAGAUUUGCUGAAGCUUGGAAUGCACGUUUGGGACCACUUCAUGCUCUCAUCAAUAAUGCUGGGAUAUUUUCCAUUGGAGAACCACAGAAAUUUUCGAAGGACGGCUAUGAAGAGCACAUGCAAGUGAACCAUCUAGCUCCAGCACUGCUUUCAAUAUUGCUUUUGCCCUCCCUUAUUAGAAGCUCUCCAAGCCGAAUUGUUAAUGUGAAUUCUAUUAUGCAUAACUUAGGAUUUGUUGAUCCAGAAGAUAUGAAUGUUACAUCCGGGAAAAGGAAAUUUACAAGUAUGGUGGGAUAUUCAAACAGUAAACUGGCACAGAUCAUGUUCAGCAGUGUUCUUAAUAAGAGACUGCCAACUGAAGCAGGCAUAAAUGUUGUUUGUGUUUCUCCUGGAAUAGUCCACACCAAUGUUGCUAGAGAUCUUCCAAAGAUUGUUCAAGCUGCUUACCAUUUAAUUCCAUAUUUUAUUUUCAGCCCUGAAGAAGGCUCUAGAAGUACACUUUUCGCAGCCACUGAUCCCCAACUUGUGGAUUACUGUGAGUCACUGAAAGCUGAAGAUUGGCCUGUAUGUGCUUUCCUUAAUCAUGAUUGUCGCCCUGCAAAUCCUUCCGAGGAAGCACACAAUGUUGAAACGGCUUACAGAGUGUGGGAGAAGACACUAGAGCUUGUCGGCCUUCCCUCAGAUGCAGUAGAGAGGCUUAUUGAAGGGGGCGAAGUUAAAUGCAAAUACGGGUCCUCCGAGUCGCAUCAUUCUCAGUGAACAUUAUUAGUUUUUCUUGUCAUGUUAUUACCACAAAUCAUCCAUCAUAGGUGGGCUGCAAUUGACACCCAGCCAAAAAACAAUCAGGAAAUGUAUCUUGCUGCAUGUUGCAAUCUAGCCUUCUCUUUCCACAAUGGUCUGGGGAUCUUGAUUACUGUCUUACUGGCUGUAAUUCGUUGAGUCGUGUGAGAAUUUUCACCUUAAAAUCAAAUAUUCCGUUUAACUUAA